UUGGCUGCAAGCUGCUCCUUGGUUAAAUCGACUUCAAACCAGCUGUAGAGACAUAGGUGUAACGUCUGCUAACCCGGUCAUCUGGGAAGACCUGCAAGUACCUGGUCAUAGCUCUAGUCUUCUCCUUUUUGCUUGCUCAAACCUGAAGAGGAUGGCAAACACCGCGAGGAAGGGGUUUGCUUUUGAUGCUGGACAUAGGAUCGGAGGCUGGAUGGACCUUUGGUGUGGCCCAGGGUAUGGCUGUCCUUGUGUGCCUGGGCUCUCCUCACUCAGGCUCCUGCAGUGACCACCAUGCCCCUCUCAUGUCCCACCAACAUCUCGCUGUCGGAGCUGCACCUGACAGGCAUCCCGGGGCUGCAACACCUGCACCACUGGAUCUCCAUCCCCUUCUGCAUCAUGUACCUCAUCACGCUGGCUGGGAACAGCAUCCUCCUGUGCUUGAUAAAGGCUGAUCCCACCCUGCACCUGCCCAUGUUCCUCUUCCUGUCCAUGCUGGCUGUCAUUGACCUGGUGAUGUCCACCUCCAUCACCCCCAAAAUGCUGAGCAUCUUCUGGUUUCAUUCCACUGCCAUCAGCCUGGAUGCUUGUCUUACCCAGAUGUACUUUGUUCACGCUUUCUCUGUGAUGGAGUCGGGGUUGCUGGUGGCGAUGGCCUUUGACCGCUACGUGGCCAUUUGCAAUCCACUGCGGUACUUGUCCAUCCUCACCAGCCCCGUUGUGGCUACCAUUGGCUUGGCUACCUUAUUCAGGGCUGUGGUUUUCAUGAGCCCCCUCACCUUCCAGAUCCGCCACCUGCCUCUUUGCAGCCCGGCAGUCGUGGACCACUUGUACUGCGAGCACAUGGCCGUGCUCAAACUGGCCUGUGGGGACGCUGCCUUCAGCAACACCUACAGCCUCUCUGUCUCCACCUACGUGGGCAGCUUUGACUCACUGCUCAUCGCCCUCUCGUACCUGCUCAUCCUCCGAGCUGUGCUCAGUCUCUCCUCCCCACAAGCCCGCAAAAAAGCCUUUAGCACCUGCAGCUCCCACCUCUGCGUCAUGGCCCUCUUCUACAUCCCUGGGCUGCUCUCCAUGUACAUGGAAAGCUACCACCAGGAGCUCCCACCCCACAUCCAGGUCCUGUUGGCUAAUAUCUACCUCCUCAUCCCACCGGCAUUCAACCCCCUGAUCUACGGCAUCAGGACAAAGCAGAUUCGUGAUGGAGCACGCAGGGCCAUCUCCCGGAGGAGACCCAUAGCAGGAGGGGUUGGGCCUGGCCUUCAGGGCACAGGGCUGAGAGUCAAGUCCAUUCCCUAGAAUGGCCAAAAGACGUGCUGGAUCUUGGCGUGGCUCUCAGCGUACUUUCAAAGCUGCAGGUGCCCCAGGAAAUGUUGGCACCCACUGAACUCAGGUCAGCACCAAGGGCUUCAGCUGGUUGUUCUCCUGGCUGUCCCUAGCACAAGGCAGUGACGUUGGCACAGCACCUCUGGGUGCUCCAGUUCCCUCAGAUCUCCCAGUAUAAAUGAGGAUUGCAGCCACCACCUGACCUUGUUCUGGCAAAAUGCCCUAGUGCAGCUGAACCACAGGAAAUAGCUGUUUCCUUAACAUAUCACUUUAUGUGCAGGGGAGCUGUGCCAAGAGAGGUAAGGGACAUGGGGUCACAGGACUGUGGGAUAACUCAGGCUGCAAGGGACCUCAGGAGGCCUCUAGUGCAACCUCCUGCUCAAAGCAGGGUGACCUAUGAGAUUGCUGAGAACAUCCCCUCCCUCUCAGUGGAGGUCUGUCAGCCCUGGGGAGCAGGUACCCACAGACGGUCACCACUGUCCUGAGCGCACAAACACAGCACACACUUUAUCUGUCUCUCACCACACUCAAUCACCUGAACACCUCUCUGGCUCUCCCCUCCGUCUGUCCCCCACCCCUACAGCGGGGCUACACCAGAGCAUCCAUUCAGUAGCAUCCGGUUGCCAUCUCCUUGACGACUUCUUCAUGCUGUAACAGGUGAAGUCGCCCCGGUGGAAGUGGCAGUCGGUCCCUCUGAGCAGGAGAAGUGCGGUGGAGGCCAGCACAGACAGCUGAGGUGCCCGCUGGCCUCUGGGCAUUGCUGCACCUCUGCCCUGCGCAGGGGCAUUUCUCCACCAGCCCUCUCCAUGCACCGUGGAACUGGUUUUACCUGGGACAGAGUUAAUUUUCGUCAUUGUACGGGGCUAUAUUUUGGACUUGUGAUGAAAGCAGUGUUGAUGGUAACACACUGAUGUUUUAGCCACUGCUGAGCAGGGCUUGCACAGCAUCAUGAUCUUUCCUGCUCCUCAUUCUUCCCCACCAGUGAGUAGCUUUGGGGUGCACAAGGAGCUGGGAGGGAUCACAGCCAGGACAACUGACCCCGACUGACUGAAAGGAUGUCCCAGACCACAUGGCAUCACGCUUAGCAAUAAAAAAUGGGAGGGAGGUUUUCCAGGGCUGACAUUGCUCGG